GCGCGCGGGCCGAGGAGGCGCGGCGGGCCUCCCUAACCGAUCGGCCGGAGCCCGGGCCAACGCAGUCAGGCAAACCAGUCCCGGCACGGCCUCUUUUGCUGGCUGAGGACGGGAGGAGGGGCGCGAGCCCGAUCAGGUUACUGUAAAUAUGCAAAAGCGGAGGCAGUGGGCGGGGAGGGGGCUAGGUGCCGUAGAGGGCAAGGGGCACUCACAUCCCCGGCGCGCCACUCGCGGGGCUCCCGUCUGCACGUGCCCCGGGCCUCUCCCGCUCGCUCAACCAGUCUGCGGAGAGGGCGCGCGCGCCCGCGCACCCGGCUCCCGCGUUCGCUUCUUUGUUCCCGCCCACGCGAGGCCCAUUUUGACGGAUCGGGUUCGAGGCUCUCUGGUGGCCAAUCGGCGUCGACGCCUUUACCUCCCCCCACCCCCUCGGAACUCCGCGAAGGCCGCCCCUUUUCCCUGCCCACGUGGUCUCGGCCUCCGGCCCUAGGCAGCUAGGUAGUUCAGGGCGCCUGUGCGGCCGUCUUAUCCACCUUCAGGGGCGCGGAGGUGGCCCUGUUCCUCGUGCUGCGGGACGCACGCGGCUGCCGGGUGGGAGAUUCUUGCGGGGCUGUCGGAAGCCCAGGACUGUGCUGGGGGCGCAGUGUGCGCCGCCCUCCGCCCUUCCUUCCAGUAGGCCGAUUCCGGUAGUUGCAUCCGGUAGGGAAAUGGUCGUGCUUUCCGUGCCCGCCGAAGUCACUGUGAUCCUGUUAGAUAUCGAAGGUACCACAACCCCGAUUGCUUUCGUGAAGGUGCCCAGAUGCUGCUGCCUUGCUGCUCCCCGUACCACACUUCAAGUAUUGAGGCUUCAUACACAUUUGACAUUUUAUUUCCUUACAUCAGAGAAAAUGUUAAAGAGUAUCUUCAGACACAUUGGGAAGAAGAGGAGUGCCAGCAGGAUGUCAAUCUUUUGAGGAAACAGGCUGAAGAGGAUGCCCACCUGGAUGGGGCUGUUCCCAUCCCUGCCUCAUCUGGGAAUGGAGGAGAUGACCUGCAGCAGAUGAUCCAGGCCGUGGUGGAUAACGUGUGCUGGCAGAUGUCUCUGGACCGGAAGACCACGGCGCUGAAACAGCUGCAGGGCCACAUGUGGAGGGCGGCAUUCGCAGCUGGGCGCAUGAAAGCCGAGUUCUUCGAAGAUGUAGUUCCAGCAGUCCGGAAAUGGAGAGAGGCUGGAAUGAAGGUGUAUAUCUAUUCUUCAGGGAGUGUAGAGGCCCAGAAGCUAUUAUUUGGGCAUUCUACAGAGGGAGAUAUUCUUGAGCUUGUUGAUGGGCACUUUGAUACCAAGAUUGGACACAAAGUGGAGAGUGAGAGUUACCGAAAGAUUGCAAGCAGCAUUGGGUGCUCAACCAACAACAUCUUGUUUCUAACAGACGUUACACUAGAGGCCAGCGCUGCCGAGGAAGCGGAUGUGCACGUCGCUGUGGUGGUGAGACCUGGCAACGCGGGGCUGACAGACGAUGAGAAGACUUACUACAGCCUCAUCACGUCCUUCAGCGAACUGUACCUGCCCUCCUCAGCGUAGAGCAGGAGGUGUAAGGAGCACCAGCCUGGCCUCGCAGACUUCUCCCUGUAGUCUAGUUUUAUUCUGAUGGUGAAAGUAACUGACUUCAAAAGCCAUAUAUACACACACAUAGGUAUGCAGGUGUAUAUAUGUGUAUGUUUAAAUUGCCUUCCACGGGCACAUAAGUGGAAAAAAAAAAAAAUCUCCGUUCAGUGAAAAGGAAACUUAUUUAAAGAUGCUUUCGAUGUAGAAAUUGUUUGAAACCACAGCUCUAACCCUUACGGGGGGCGCAAUGUAGCUGAUAGAAGAAUUACCACAGUGCAGAUUACACGUGUUAUGUUCAUCAAGUCAUGUUACCGACAUGGGAAGGUAGGUCCGAGAAGUUAUUCAGAAGCCUUGUUAUUUUAAAAACUGGAAGUAUUUCACAGACUUAUUCCCAAUAAUAAUUCAUUCCCCUUUUAAAUUAUGAGUUAGAAGAUUGUGACAGCUGAGUUUCAAAAUAUUAGCCUCCCUCGUACAAAAGACAGAGCCAUUUGUUUCUGCUCCAAAAGAGCAAAAUGGGGAGAGGAAACUCAUUUGAAUCUUGAUGAAGCAAGCAUCUCUUACUGAAGAAACUUGAGCUAAUCACUGUGGCACCCCCAGCAAGCGGUUGCCUUACCAGUGAAAACGGUGCAUUGAUACAACAGCUAAAACUUACUGUCUAACAGAGUAGUCCUAAUCCUGCCAGUUGGUAUCAUUAUGGAUUUUAUAGUUGCCUUUCUAACUACUUUUUAGCAGUUUGAGAAUAUAGGUUGCUAUUUACUAAAAACAAAAGGUUUACUGAAAUCAUUCCAUAAGACCCUUCUAGAAGAGCCCCAAUAAUGUAAUAUUUGCCUCUGAAAUGGAUGUGAAGAGUGUAAAUUUUAUAACAGCAUUAUUUAUCCUGGUUCAGUCCUAAUGGGAUGUCAUGUCAGUUUCAUGUUGUGAUUAAUAAAAACAUUUUCUUCUCCA